CUCGUGUCUAACUUGGCGCAGAUGACGGACCGCAGGCUCGCGCCACUUGAUGCCCCCACAUCCACUCACGCUCACACACAGACGCGCGCACACACACACACACACGCACGCACCCUCACGCACACACAUUCCAGCAGUGACUGUGUGCUGUGGUCGCCUCGCCUCCAGUAACGGACGUGCUUCUUUUGGAUUUAGCAGCCGGUGUCUCCGUUCAGCGAUGGACUGAGGAGCUGCUCGAGCUGGAGUAAAUGUGAGAGCAGUGUUACAGAGAUGUCUGUCCCCUGCAGUUAGCGGCAGCUCUACAAUGCUGGAAAUUUAAAAGAGAGUCUGCAGCUCUCCUCUCAGGGACAGUCCUCUGCAGCCCUUCUCUGGUCACAGGCCUGCCUGCCAACUAUCAUCCACAUCUUUCUAUCCACCCAUCCUUCCCCCGUCAUGAAAGGCCUGUCCAGUAGUCGGAGUCACCAUCACGUGAUCUCCUAUGAGCCAUCAUAUGAUCCCCUUGGUCACCACGUUGACCGCAAGCCAUAUUUGAUCAGUCAGAAUGACAUGCAUGUGCCCAUCCCCAUGCCACAUCCGGCUGAGCUGUCCUACUACAACGCUCAGCGAACCCCGUACCCCUCUGACAGCAACAGCAUCGUCCCAUACGGAACCUUCCCAAGGAGGUGCCACUCCACCUCCUCCUCUCACCAUCCUGAGGUAAAGGAUGAGUGUAUGGCCAUGGUACCAUUUAUAGGAGGAGGAGGUGGAGGAGGAGGAGGUGGAGGAGGCUAUGGAGGUAAAACACCAACCCGGGUACCUGCAAACUUUGCGGACCCGUAUGAGCGUCAGCCAUCAUUUUCCAGAGAUGGCUACCACACUUUGCAGUACAAACGAGGAGUGCUUGCCCAGAGUGGGGGGGCGGUGGCCAACAACAACAACAACGACAGCCCGGGGAGAAUCCGCCACCUGGUCCACUCGGUCCAGAAACUCUUCACCAAGUCACAUUCACUUGAGGGGCCACACCACACACAGUCCUCCAAGGGGGCCAAUAAUGGGAGCGUUAAUGGUGGUGGUGGUGGUGGAGCAGGUGGUGGUGGUGGUUCAAGGGCCAGCCCAGAAGGUGAAACUCCGCCAGGAGUGCGCCACCGGAAGCGCAGCAAGAGUCGCGAGCGCUGUCGAUCAGCGGAGCCCAAGCACCGAAGCCACCACCACCACCAACACCACCAGCUCCAUGGCUCAGCGUCCGCUCCGGGCUCUGGCUACUGGAGCUCAGAUGACAACCUGGAACGGGAGCUGUGUCUCUACCACCCUCAUCACCACCAACCUCCACCCUCACCCUCACCCUCCAUGUCCCCCUCGCCCAUCGCCAUGACAAUGGGCCGGUACCCCGGCAACAACCAUGACAAAUUCCCCCAAUCUCCCAUCCCCGUGCUCUCCUCCUCGCAGUCCCAGCAGUUCUUCAUGAUGGACCCUUACGGCACACUCAACGAGCACACAUACACCCAUGCACACCAUGGCCACACACACCACCAUCCUGCACUCAAAGUCUCCCGGAGCAACAACGAUGUGAAGUAUUCGGCCUCGUCAGCAUGUGUGCCAGUUAGUGUCAGCAGCAAUAACAGCGGUGGCGGUAUCGGUGGAGGAAGUGGCUCCUUGCUACCAAUGGGGCUAGUGGACGGGCCCAUUGUGAAGAAAGGGGCAUGGUCAUCGAGCCUUACGGUACCUCAGGACGAGUGGAGCGGCUUCUCUCCUCUGGGGAAGGAGGACGACAUCCCCUGUCGGAGGAUGAGGAGCGGCAGCUACGUGAAAGCCAUGGCCGAGGACGACAGUGGAGACUCUGACGGGAGUCCCAAACCCUCACCGAAGAUCCAGGCACGCCGGGCCAGCUACCUGAAAGCCACACAACCAUCACUUACCGAGAUGACCACUCUACAGAUCUCCACGGAGCACUCCCCCAAGCUGCAGAUCAGGAGCCACAGUUACCUGCGAGCGGUGAGUGAGGUUUCAAUCAAUAGAAGCCUGGAUACCCUGGACCCCAAAACCCUCCUCGACCCCAAAUCGCUGCUGUCCUCACCCCAAUACCGCUCACGCAAUGAAAGCUACAUGCGGGCCAUGAGCACCAUCAGUCAGCUGAGUGAGCUGGAGCUGAAUGGGCAGAUCGAGCAGGUGUGUGAACAGGUCUACAAUGCGUUGCAGUCCCAGGCCAUGGAGGCUGCCAUGGACAGCAUGGAGACCAUGGACACCCUGCCCAUGCCUGGAUGCUUUCGCAUGCGGAGCCACAGCUACGUGAGGGCGAUCGAUCAGGGAUGUGCGUCGGAGGACGAAGGAGAGGGAGGGAGGCCACUGCUCCUGCUGCCUUCCUCUCCGCCGAGAACAUCUGCCACCACCGUGAGAACCAUCCAGAGCAGCACAGUUUCAUCCUGCAUCACCACCUAUAAGAAAACGCCUCCACCCGUUCCGCCCCGGACCACCACCUGCUCCACAUCCUCCAAGCCGUACAUCUCCAUCACCGCCCAGAGCAGCACAGAGUCCGCACAGGAUGCAUACAUGGAAGAGGAGGGGCCCAGAGGGGACAUGACCAUUCAGUCGGGACUCAGUAACUCCACAGAGAGCAUCGACAGCAUGAAGGCUCUGACAGCUGCUAUAGAAGCUGCUAACGCACAGAUCCAUGGACCAGCCAGCCAGCACGUCAGUAACAGCAACAACAGCAUGACGGUCAACGUCCCCACACCCAUCCUGACCAGGGGGCCAGUCGUUGAAAUCCACCGGGAUGACUACAGGAAAGAAGCUUUCAGGAAGGGGAAAUGUCUCUCCAUAGGCAUCCAGGUGGAUGGACCAGAGGACGAUCCAGAUCCAGAGGACCCGUCUAAGUUUACCUCUGUAGGGGUUCAAGUGGAGGAUGACAGAGGGUAUCGUCGAUUCCAGCGCUCCAACAGUGUGACGGCCGCUGUACAGGCAGAUUUGGACUUGCCCGACCCGAUGGACACCCCUCUAGACUCGGACACGGACGUGGAGGUCCUGUCGUCCGGUGCCCUUUCUCGACAGUACUCGCGCGAUGCUGCCACGUCCACCGUCAGCAUCCAGGGCUCAGGGAACCACUACCAUGCCUGCACCUCUGAUGACUACGACGAUGUGGGCUUCGACCCGUCCAUCCUCCCCCCUCCAGACCCCUGGAUAGACAGUGUGACCGACGACUCGCUCGAUGUCAACUUCCACACCUCUUCUCUUCUCGAGGCGGUGCAGCGGUCGGUGUGUCAAAGAGACGGACGCUGGUUUCUGAAGCUGUUGCAGGCAGAGACCGACCGUUUGGAUGGCUGGUGUCGACAGAUGGAGCACGACCAGCGGGACAACGAACUGCCAGAAGAUAGUAAGGUCCUUGGAAAGAUGCGGAGUGCUGUUGGAAGCGCUCAACUUCUCAUAUCUCAGAAGUUUCAACAGUUCAGGGAGUUGUGUGAGGAGAACCUGAACCCGAACGCCCACCCCCGCCCUGUGGCCUCAGACCUCGCUGGUUUUUGGGACAUGCUUCAGCUGUCCAUCGAGAACGUAAGCCUCAAGUUUGAUGAGCUUCAUCAGCUCAGAGCCAAUGGCUGGAGACCCCUGGAACCCCCAGAGAGAAAGGAGAGGCGGCUCCCUCCUCCAGUGCCAAAAAAGCCACCCAAGGGUCCCCACCACCACCCACCUCUGGCCAGAGACCGCUCCCUGGAGAGCUCCGAGAAACAGCGGCAGGAGGCCAGGAAGCGCCUGAUGGCGGCCAAGAGAGCCGCAUCGGUACGGCAAAACUCCGCCACGGAGAGCGCUGACAGCAUCGAAAUCUACAUCCCCGAGGCUCAGACACGACUAUGAGGACACUGCAGGGUCGCACAAAGGGUGGACAUGCACUUCACAAACAAACACACACACACACACACAUGUAUGGUUGUCCACACCUAGGUACAGGACAGGUGUUGAACUGGAUGUGCAGAGAUCAUCUACACUGAACAGACACAAACUAAUCUAGUUAAGAUUUCAAUCUUUCUUUUCUAUUAUAGACACAUUAGCUUUCUUUUAGGCUUUGUUUUUUCAAAUCCAAAUCCUGUUUUUAUUUGAUAACAAUAGGUACAUGGUGACGUACAUUAUAACUUAUUGAAAGCUACAUUUAAAAGUAUUAAAAGAUUUAAAGUUACAUUCAUGUCUGUUAAACACUAUAGUCUGUGAAGUCGACAUAAUGGACAUGAGCCCCUCGCCCAAAGAUCAAAACCUGUAAUAUUUUUGCAGGAUUCAUCACGACGAGGUUGUUGUGUCGACAUUCUGAUGGUCAAUCUGCCACACUAGACAGGAAACUGUUUUCUCUUGUCUCUCAUAAGUUAUGAGUAAAUGAAACACUGGCUGAACAAAGAAGAAAAGUUUGAUGUCUACAGAUGAUAAAACUACAAGAACAACUGAAGUAAAAUCCAGAAUAUAUAAGUCACAUGGGUGAAUAAGUCGCAGUCUGUUUUGUGAGGGUCUCUAAGAGGGCGAAAAGGUUUAAACUGUCUUCCUGUGUGAUGUUUUCCAUUGUGUUCAGCAACGAGCAGUUGGUUAAAAGAUGCUUUAAAAGCGUUGCUGCCAGCCUGGUCCGCGUAACUAUGUAUCCCAGCACGCGGCCGCUUGCAAUACACGAUGAAUGGGAGCGAGUCGCGUCAGGUGGUGUGCAGAUGAUGAUGGUGGCAGCUGAGAUUUUGGUCAUGGCAGGGCAUGUCUCACCACUAUAUACUGGUAUAUAUGUUGCGUCGGUAUAAAGGACGCAGCCCACUUUUUAGUUUUUAAUUUGAUAUUAAAAGAGAGGUGCGUCUUAUACACUGGAAAAACAGAUGGGGGGUGGGGGUGUCAACCAUCUGCCAUGUGGGGAUUGAUGGUGAAUAUUCAGGUGCAGCUCGUGCAGAUUCAAAACAUUAACAGGUUAUUCAAUAUCGUUCCGUUAACACAAAGUGAUCAGGCAGCUUGAGAGGUCUCUUUGCCUUUAUUAGAUAGAACAGCUGAAGAGCGAUAGGAAAUGUUUGGAGGAGAGAGUUGGGGGGGUGACGUGAAGCAAAGGGCAGAGGCCGGACUCAAACAAACAACUGCUGUGACGAGGACUAUAGCCUCUGUACAUGGGGCGUGCAACAACAACUGCUGGGCCGUCAGCGCUCCAAAAGCAAAACAGUUCUGCCUCUUUUCCUCUCCAUGAGGACUUUUUUUCAUACUGCAUACAACCGCCUGCUCAGACACUUUCACUGGACUACAAAUAAAAAAAACAUAUUCUUCAGACAUCUAAAGUCCCCCCCCCCCUCGCCUACAGACUCUGCUCUCAUAUUAGAAAGAUUGUGACAGGUUCAUUCUAAACAUCAUUUAUCGCUCAAAUUUGAACGAAACCAACAUGGUUUUUUUUGGACAGAGCAGAAGAGUUUUAUGUUUGGUUCUCAGGUCUCUCAUGAAUAACACACACACACACCUGUACGGAGGAGAUGGACAAUCAUACACACAGUAUCUCACACUCACUCAUUAACAUGUCACGACAACACUCCACAUACACACUGGUUUACACUCUCACACUCACAUGGGAUUGUGUCAGGCUGUAUGACCCUGCAGGCUGUUGUAAUAUAAAAUACUGUCCCUCUAUCUCUCGCUCUCUCGCUCUCUCUCUCUCUCUCUUUUUUUCUUUCUGUGGAGAAGAGAACAACAUGAUUACUGUUUAUCUUCAUCUUCCUCUUUGUCUCAAAGAAACAGAUUCUGUUUUGUUUUUUUAAAUACGUUUUGGACAUCUUUCCUUUUGGCUGUGAUAACUUUGUACCCACAGUUUCAUUGUUGGGACACCAGAGGGCGCUUUGAUACAGGAGCCAUCAGGUGUUGUUACUCAGAAACAAAAAAAUUAUUUUAAAGCCUGUUUGGUGACUUUGUUGCCCAAUGCAUUUAAGCAACCCAACUUUUGAUGACCAAAACUACAAAAGAAAAGUAAAAAAAACUGAACUGUAUUCAAACCAUACUCGUUCACCAUUAAAGCCAUCAAGUGAAGUAAUAUAAAGUGCUGGCACUGUCUGCCGCAUGGUGUUAUAGAGGGAACUGAGCCAAAUAAUGUUUGGAAAUGAAUAGAUGUGAAUGUUUGUUUGAUCGCUGCCCGUGCAGGUUACACAUUUUUAUUUUUUUCAUCCCUUUUCCUUUUUUUAACACUUACACACCUACAUGAACAACUAAGCAAUACUUAGUGGAGAGAGUGACUGUCAAACCCUAUAAUGUGUAAGAUGGAGACUGAAUCAAACAUGCAGUGUAGCAUGAAUCUCUUCUCUAGCUCAAAACAAAUUAUACUAACCUUAAAAAUCCAUAUGUUCACCCUUCAUGCUGUCACUCUGUCAAACCUAUAGAGUAGCUUUGCAUGACUUGCAGCCAGGGGUGUGUCCAGAGGGGCAGCCAGGGACACCCCCCCCCCUCCAAACUGUGAUUGGCUAUCAGCCCUGUCAGAGGCGGGACUUAUGUUAAAACCAAUUAUCUUGUGUUAUAAAGUAGAUGUUAUUGGUGAAGUUGGAAAGAGUAAAUCAUGGAUAUUUAUAGUAAAAAAUAAAAAGUCUGAACGCAGCCCCAUUUGCAGCCCAAAAUAAUCUUUAUGUUCGACUGGCAUCAGUAAAAACCUUCACAUUUUGUCAUGUUACACUUCUUUCUGUAGUGUAAUGUGACAAAUGUGUCGUAGAGCUAUGGUCACAGAUUGUCUCUGUCAGAGGACAACAAUGAGCUGUACAGAGAUGAGACUCGUUUGAGCUACACUGGAUCUUUGACCGUGUUCAAACUCUUUAAGAGUCACUCAAGAUGAUGUCUGUGAAGCCCUGACAUGAUGUAUUAUUUUCCUUCUUCUCUGCUGUACGGUUAUAUUCUUUCACAUGUCGGUGUGAUUAGAGGCGGGGCUUCAGAUGAUCUCAUCUACAACAUGAUCUUACUAUCUACAACAUGGUCAGUUGCUCAACACUUUCAAAUAUGAUCAGCUGAGUACUCCUUGAGUUUCUUUUCCUGCAGGGCUCGACAGUCCUGUUAGCAAUAAUCGACAACGUUCAAUAAGCAUGCUGAGAUUGGUUCAGUUUAUGAGCUCUCAAAGAAUAUGUUUGCAACUACAGUUAACACAGGCUCAAAGUUGUUAAGAGGAGAAAAGCCUGCUGUCUGAACUGCUUAGUUAGAUUUAUGUAAAGAUCAUGAUUUGGGAUGAAAAACAAACCCCAAAUAACUUCAAAACAUUAUGAAAGUAAUGUACCUCAGGGUGGGAAACCAGCCGUCGUAAUUCUCCAUCCAAAUGAAUAACUUAAGGACGGUGGAAGGACACGUUCUGAUGGUGAUGGGGAACUAAGCACGUCAGAUUUUGAAGUGUAGAGCAACAGACCAAACUUCCAUGUUUUGCAAUGAACUGUUUGGAGCGUGCAGAUCUGAAAGGCCGGCCUCUUUCCUUUGAGAUUCUGCAGCAGCAUCUGCCGCCUCAGAGGACAGGAGCGUCGGUGAAUCUUUGAUACUUGUUUACGGAGAUUUUUAACUGAAAAAACUCCAUGAGAGAGAAAAAAAAAACAGUUUUCCAUGAGUUCUGACUAUUCCCUUCACAGACUUAUUAAUGAGACCAGUUAACCAACAGCUCUGUAAGAAAAGCAGAGGAAAGUCCUCCUCUCGGUGUGCGUUGAUCACAUCUCUGAUCUUCUAUUUUAGACUCCACUCUUAAAGGAAAGAGUCGGCUGUGUUGGCCACGUGUUUUGAAAAGAUGCAACCUCUGUUCUUUUAACGAUGGAUGAUAUCAAAAAGUGCCAAAGCUCUGAGAACUCUUCAGAUUUUCAGUCAUACUUUAACCAAAAGCUGUCGCAAGCAAAAGAGAGAGAGAGAGAGAAACUGCACAAGUACAUUGGUCAACUUUUUCGGUACCCAGAGUCUCUCAAGUGUCUGUCGCCUAGCAACCUCGGCAGUGGAACCUGCACUAGCUUACAUAACUAGUAUCGGCACGACACAUGCGAUGUGAUCAGUCUUCAAUUGCAGCCCCCUGACAUAGAUAACCAUUGGCUACUCAAUGUGGAAAGUUUCCACUCUGCUGUAGUCAAAGGGUUCCAUUUGAUUUCUUAGCGCAUGCCAAUGUAAGAACGAAAGGGGGUGAGCUACAUGAAAUAUCAAAUCUAAGAACCAAUCAUUGCGUCCGGUACAGAGAUGUACCAAAGUGCUUUAUGUACGGACACAUAACUCAACAUGACAGCAGAGGUGAACAAACAUUCACCCCACCAAUGAGGAGCCGCCGCUGUCCGUCACUAAGCGGAGAGCUAAAAAAAAAAAAAAAGUGCCACAAACGAGACGUUUAAGAUCACAACAUCCUCCACAGCUGGAACCCAAAGCUGGACCAGACAGACGCUGACAGAGGAAACAUCUCGGGAUGAUUUUUCUUCAAACAGAACUUCAUGUUGUUUACAUGUGAUGUUUAUACUCCAGCUACGACGUAUGCCAUUAACAGUUAUUGUGACGACCUCUAUAACUGCCAUUUAUUUCUGCAGAGCAACUAUCUAAAGGAAACACGGUCACAGGAUUAUACAAACUCUUCUACUACUACGAUGAUGAUGAUGAAAGUGUUCUGUAUUUAUUUUCCUCUUUUGUAAAGACUAGUUGUGGGUGUGUGUGUGUGAGUGUGUGUGUGUGCGUGUGUGUGUUUGGGCGGGGGUGGGGGGGUAUUUUGUACAGGAGCUGAUUACCUCUGUGUUCAUAUAACGAUGACAGUGACGAUGACAGUGAGCCAUAUUUAAUGUGAACUAUCCUUUUUAUCCAGAGGAAAGGGCCAUACAGAUCCUGCGAGGUUUUGUGUACUCAUUUACUGAAUCAUUUCUUUAGUGUUUUAGUAGCAGGCUUUGUGUGUGCGUGUGUGUGUGUGUGUUUAGCGUGUGUGAACAGGAGAGCAGAAAUAGCACAACAACAUGAGGGAACAGGAUGGUAAGAGGGAUCAUUACUUCUCAUAUGAACAUAUUGAGAGGUUUUUUUUUGUUUUUUUUUGUCAGGCAUUUGAUCCCCCAGCCUUCGUGUUGGCAAUACAAAUUGUCUCCCAGACUUUGUGGCUGGAAAACUUGUGGUUUGCACAUCUGUGGCUAAAUCUAGGAUGCAUUUUUUAAAAAGGUCAAGACUGAAAUCGUUGCGAAAACCAUUAAAGGAAUUAAAAGUACUUGUCUGAUUUAUAAUCGUCAUGGGCUCCAAAGGUUAACAUGACUGUGAUCAAAUCAAAAGAGAUACUUUCGUUUUGCAGAAACUAGGAUAUCAAAAUGUAAUUUUAAACUAGACUGAAGUUUGCAAAGUUCUGCUUUAUAUUUACCUUAUUAACAACAUUUGAAAUUCCCGUCUGGCAGCAGCUUGCUGGAGUUGCUCGAAAGCUUUCUGCGUUCUUCUUUAAUUCCUUUUUUUAUACUUUUUUGUUAAUUAAUGUUUUUAUUCAUGCUUUUUGGGGGGCUUUUUGUGCAGUGAUUGGAGAGAUAGCACAGUAGCUAGAGUCAGAAAUGGGGGAGAGCGAGAGAGUUGGGAAUGACAUGCAGGAAAGGAGCCAAAGGUCGGAUUUGAACCUGGGCCGCCUGCUUGGUGGACUAAAGCCUCCAUACAUGGGGUGCACACACUGGCCACUGCACCACUAAUGCUUGUUUUUUUAUGUAGGAAUGAAAUAAAUUCUAAUAAGCAUCGUUUUCUCUGGGAUGAAUAAAGUUUUAUGUAAUCUUAUGUGACCUUUAUAAAUAACAGCACAGUUUGAUCAGUCAAAGACUAGUUCGGUACUCCUCCUUAAAACACGCUCAAAUUAUGAAAAACAUUUUAAAGACAAUCUGGAAAUAAAGAAGGUCAAAGACACAAUGCAGCAGGUUACCUAAGUAACCCCCGCCCGUUCCGUUUGAGGCAGACGGACGUGGCCUCUAUGAGAGGUUUGCACUGUUUCAUUGCACUACGGCCUUCAGAGACAUCACAUUUAGAUUUAGUCACAUGUGAUGCACAAACUGAUGGGAUAUCACACAUUUUGUUUCAUGAUUAAUGUUUUGAAUUUGCAGUUCUGGUCUUACGUAGAGGAUUGGAUGGGAUCGUGCUGAUAAAACGUUAGAAUCCAACCAAUGGCGUGCUUCAGCUGCCUGUGGCUUUUGAUUGAUUGAUUUAUUUAUUUGUUUAUUUGUUCUCAGGAUGUGAUGAAAGAAAACAUGGUCUUUAAAAUCAGGGUGUCCCAGACGUGAGUCUGUUACUCAAGCUGUGUGAGUGUGUGUGAAAGUUUAGUGUUAUACAGUAUGUAUGCAUAUCAUAUGUAAAUAUAAUCAUAAUGGAAGAUGCGCUGUGUAUGCCUCUGUAUGUGUGUGUGUUUGUAAGGGUCUGUGUGUGCGUGUGUGUGUGUGCGUGCGUGCGUGUGCGUGUGUGUGUGUGUGUGUGUGUGUGUGUGUGUGUGUCUGUGAGGUCUCUUUAAAGUGCUUCCUUGUUUUCUAUGUCGGGCCUUUCCUCAGUACGGUCGAGUAGCCUCAUAGAGUCAUUCUGUAGAUUUACCCUCCUCAUAUAACCUACAGCAGAUCUUGUAUUUGUACAGACAACGGUUGAGGGUGUUUCAUGACGCAUGCAGACACAAUAUUAGUGCUUAUAAAUCUAUAUCUGAUUUGAAAACCUGUACUUGGUUUAUUUAUGGUCUUAUUUAUUGCUUUUUUAAUAUGAGAUUCUGUUGAAGUGGUCUGUCAUGCUCUUCUGAUCUUCUGUUGUAUUGUAAAGAGAUGAUUAUAUGUCCAUAACUAUUGAUGAGCCCAUAAUAAAAUUAACUAUCGACUCUUC